AAAGCGGCGAGCCGCUGACAGCAGCGGGAGCGGGAGCGGGAGCGGCCGGAAUUUCCCCGCACAGCCCCAUGAGGACAUGGCGGGCCCGGCGCUGAGUGCCCAGUGCAGAAAUCACAGCCAUGGCUUCCAUUGGUCUCCAGGACUUGGACGAAGAAACAUCUGCCCACAUGAAAACAAAGAGCUAUCAAAGGAGAAAGAAACAUUGCCUCUUGUAGAGGAUGCUAGCAACUGUGAUAUUGUGAAAGCAACCCAAUAUGGGAUAUUUGAGCGAUGCAAGGAGUUGGUAGAAGCUGGAUACGAUGUCAGGCAACCUGACAAAGAAAAUGUGUCUCUUCUACAUUGGGCUGCUAUAAACAACAGACUGGAUCUUGUAAAGUUUUAUAUUUCAAAAGGUGCUGUUGUUGACCAGCUGGGUGGCGAUUUAAAUUCAACUCCACUUCACUGGGCUGUCCGACAAGGCCAUUUACCUAUGGUAAUAUUGUUAUUGCAAUGUGGUGCAGAUCCCUCUCGUAUCGAUGGUGAAGGUUUCAGCAGUAUCCAUCUGGCAGUAUUAUUUCAGCAUAUGCCUGUCAUAGCAUAUCUUUUAUCAAAGGGACAGAGUAUAGAUAUGACAGAUUUAAAUGGACAGACACCACUUAUGUUGUCAGCACACAAGGUUCUUGGAUCAGAACCAACUGGAUUUCUUCUAAGAUUCCAUCCUUCCCUCAAUGUGGUAGACAAAGUAGAACAAAAUACUCCUCUGCAUUGGGCAGUUGUAGCAGGAAAUACUAAUGCAGUUGAAAAACUUUUGGAUGCUGGUUCAAGCCUGGAUAUCAGAAAUAUCAAGGGAGAAACACCACUUGAUCUUGCCCAGCAAAGCAGAAAUCGUCUCAUUAUUCACAUGCUCACAGCAGAAGCCAAGAUAAGAGCAAAGAAAAACUUCAGAUUGUUCAGGUGGCUACAGAAAUGCGAGCUUUUCCUGCUGUUGGUGCUUUCCGUGAUUACCAUGUGGGUUGUAGGAUACAUAAUGGACCUCAAUUCAGAUUCUUGGCUUUUAAAAGGAAGUCUUCUUGUCGUGGUACUUUUUGUGACAACUUUAUUUCCAAGGUUCUUACUGGAGUACAGGAGUCUAACAUAUUUGCCAGCAAUCAUUUUGCUAAGUUCCAUUUUUUGGAUGUUGGUGACGUGGUUUAUCUUAUUUUUGCCUGAUUUAGCAGGCACCUUUUUCCAGGUUCCUUUCUUUCUCAGCGUGAUAGGUCUCCUCUACUUUUUCUACAAAACUUGGGGAACUGAUCCUGGUUACAUUAAGAGUUCAGAAGAAGAAAGGAAAAUGAAUAUUAUUACCCUUGCAGAAUCUGGCUGUCUGGACUUCAGAACGUUUUGCACAUCUUGUCUUAUAAAAAAGCCUUUAAGGUCCAUGCAUUGCCAUGUCUGCAACUCGUGUGUAGCCCGAUUUGAUCAGCACUGCUUGUGGACAGGAAGAUGCAUAGGUUUUGGAAACCAUCACUAUUACAUAUUUUUCUUGUUCUUCCUUAUUGUGGUGUGUGACUGGAUGUUAUAUGGAACUUUUCUCUAUUGGUCAAAUCAUUGUGCCACUACCUACAAGCAGGAUGGAGUGUGGACCUAUGUCACUCAAAUUGCAUCAUGCUCUCCUUGGCUUGUCUACAUCUUCUUCCUUGUGUCUUUUCAUGCUUCGUGGGCAUCAUUUUUAAUCCUAAAUCAGCUGUUUCAGAUUGCAUUUCUAGGGUUAACUGCUCAUGAGAGAUCCAGCCUGCUGAAGCAGAGCAAACACAUGAAGCAUCCUUUCUCCCUUAGGAAAACCCCCUACAACCAUGGAUUUACCCAGAACCUUGCUGACUUUUUUCAGUGCAGAUGCUUUGGCUUGUUUAAACCUAGUGCAGUAGAUUGGACCACACAACAAACUGUAUUACUUCACCCAGCAAAAGAGAAAGUCUUGCGUUCCGUAUGAAGACAAGUGAUAUAAAAUUCUUUAUUUUUUAUAUUUUUGCCUUUGGGAUGAAAACCGAAAAUGCAAUAGAAUAAAUAAACUGCAACAAAGACAGGAUGACAUAGUAGCUGGUUCUUUUACCUUUUGGAUGAACAUAGGAACCAUACUUUACCAUUUAUAACAUCUCACUGUUGGAGUCUUAACCGGCUGGGCUUCUAUAAGCCAGUUUUAGAAGAUCCCAUUAAACUUUUGAUACCUUUUUUGUAAUGUGAAAAUGCCACAACUAAAUAUUUUUCUAAAAAUAUUUAGUGACUAUAGAUAAAAUAGAAUAUUUUAAAUAUUAUGUUGGUUAUUUUAAAAUAGUUUUAUUAAAAUGAAUCUGUAAUUUUUGAUAAAUUAUUUUUCUUUACUGUGUCUAUAAAUAUGUAUAGAAUGUUUGGCUGAAUAUCAGUUAUGCUUUCGGAUGUAAUAAAUUGGGUCUUUUAUACUUGUAGAA